CUUCCUUACUCUUCACUCUCUCUCUCUCUCUCUCUCCCGUUAUCCCGAAACACAAGUAAACCAGCAGCAGCAGCCAAAACCAUGUCACCCGGUCCCGUCGUUGAGGCUGAACCCGCCGCCGUCUCCACCAACGAGGAGGUCGAGUCAACUGUGGAAGAGACUCUGCAAAAGAAGCCUCCUCAGAACGAGGAUGAACCUAUUGUGGAGGACGUGAAAGAAGAUGAGAAGGACGAUGAGGACGAGGACGAUGAGGAUGAGGACGAUGAUGAUGACACCCCCGGUGCUAAUGGGAGUUCAAAGCAGAGCAGAAGUGAAAAGAAGAGUCGCAAGGCAAUGUUGAAGCUUGGCAUGAAACCUGUUACUGGUGUUAGCAGGGUCACCAUCAAGAGGACCAAAAAUGUACUCUUUUUUAUCUCAAAGCCAGAUGUCUUCAAGAGCCCAAAUUCUGAGACUUAUGUCAUAUUCGGCGAGGCUAAGAUAGAGGAUUUGAGCUCUCAGCUGCAGACACAGGCUGCUCAGCAGUUUAGGAUGCCAGACAUGUCAUCUAUGUUACCAAAAUCAGAUGCUUCUACUGCAGCUGCUACAGCGCCACCAGAGGAAGAAGAGGAAGAAGUCGAUGAUACUGGGGUGGAGCCUAGGGACAUUGAUCUGGUUAUGACACAGGCUGGGGUAUCUAGGACCAAGGCUGUCAAGGCUCUCCAGACAAACAAUGGGGACAUUGUCAGUGCUAUCAUGGAGCUUACUACUUAGGUAAUUGGCUACCUGGUUACUCUCUUGUUUUCAGUUUAUGAGCUCCCAGAACAUUUAAUUGUUGGUAGUCAGCUUGGCUCGCCAUCUCCCAGGAGAAUUAUUCAUUGUGUCAAAUUUGAGAUUAUUGCGGUCAUUAUGCAGGCCUUUUGUUUUGGUAGUAAGAUCUCUUAUUUGUUAGACUUGCAGAUUGAUAUAAUCAACAAUAAUAAUUAGUUUAGAAAA